CUACCUAGUGCAAGAAUUUGCAAACUGCCGCACCUCGAAAUGAAGCAAUCUAUACUAUAGAACUUUCUGCAUUCGAGCUGAGGAAACAUGUGAAUGAGAAAGGUUUCAGAGCGCAUUCGUUCACAUAUCGCAAGCUUUCCGUCAAUACAACAUCAGUGCGAGCAGUGCCAAAUUUAGGAUCAGGCGUUUCGGCCUUCCUUUGUUGACCUGCACUUACCAACCAUACGAUGGUGCCACUGCCGAGUGGUAUGAAUCUCAGAAAUUCACGCCGAUUUUGUUCCGGAGCUUCAUGUUAGUGGAAGUGUGUUAGUGUGAGUGUGUGUGUGUGUUCGGAUGUAGACGAAUUCUCCGAUUUAGGGUUGGCGCUGGCGGAGGUCGUAAUUGUGGUGAAGGAGGAGGUUUGGAAUCCGUGUGGAAAUGGUGACAAUGUCGACCGUGUCGCGUGCGGGGCCGCUGUUCGUAGUUCCUCUGUCGUCUUUCUGUGCGUGGUACGCCGUGAGGUCACGUCCGAGGCAUGGGCUACUGAAACCGCAGCUCUGUUUGGAUUCUGCCGCGGUAGCUCAUGGCUCGAGGGGAUUGUGCUCCUCACCUGGAAGUUCGUGCAGCGCUUCGGGUUUCAACCAUGCGCUGGAAACACCGCGAAACCGGAGGCGGAAGGGGUCGCUGCGGUGGAAGGACCAGCGUAAUUGGACGCGCACAUACGCGGUUCGGAAUUUGGGAUGGGAUGCAGAUCAAUCACCUUAUGAAACUUUAGGAGUUGAAAGGGACGCAGACGAGAAUACGAUUAAAGGAGCAUACCGUCGAAUGGCCAAGCAGUUCCACCCCGACGUGUACAACCAAAGGAGUGGUGAACUCAAAAAAGGAGAGACUCCAGAAUCUUACUUUAUUCAGAUCCAGGCGGCAUAUGAACUGCUUAUGGACCGUGACCAGCGCCGACAAUAUGAUAUCGACCAUCGAACGAACCCCUUGAAGGCGUCGUCUGCUUGGAUGGAUUGGGUGAUUAAGAAGAGGAAGAGUUUUGAACAAAGAGGGGAAAUGGCGGCAUCUGCAUGGGCUGAGCAACAGAUGCGUGAGUUGAAUCUGAAAGCUCGUCGUGCCGCCCGAGACAAGGUGGAUCCGGAAGAAGAGCGUCGCAUCCUUGCUCGUGAGAAGGCUGCAUCUGUAGCGAACUUCGAGAAUACUAUCAGGCGACAAGCACUCGUAUUGAAGAAGCGGGACAUAAUGAAUAGGAAGGCACGAGAAGAAGCACAGAAGAAGCUGGUGCAACAACUUUUGGAAGCCGAAGGGCUUGAGCUUGAUGACGAGCACUCGUAGGUACAAUCCAAUUCUCUGGUUUGUGGGUUUGUAAUGUAUAUUAUUCCACCUGUUUAGAAUAUCCUCAUUUACUUUAUUGCUACAAUGCAUAGCUUGUAUUUUACUAUUUAGCUUGUCUGUUCUGUAGCCAUUGAACUGGCACAUUGUUCAAGUAUGAUACAUGAAAAUGAAGCGCGACCAAGAAGUUUGCAGCAGUUGACUAAUUACAGCAUGACAAUAAUUCAGUGCCUCGUUCAA